GAGAAUUGUGACUUAUAUAUAUAACGACGCACGAAGCGAUCGCGAGUGAUCCCCAUCCAUUCUCUUUCUCUCUUUUUUUCUUUCACUUUCUUUUCCUCAAUAGACAGAGAGAGAGAGAGAGAGAGAGAGAUCGUGCAAAAUUGCGUCUGCGGCGCUAUAAGCGAUUAUACAAAUAAAACAGCAAUAGUCCACGUGCGUCCUUAAGCGUAUUAUGUUGUGCUUCGCGGCGUCUCAGCCUAGCAAACGAAUCGACAAAGCUGCUACUGCUUCUACUGCUUGGCCCGCGAUAAUCACAACAUAAACACGACGGCAGUAUUUUUGCGCCAUGGCAACAUUACGAUCAGCCAAAACUCGUGUGCGCAAAGAGGUAAGAGAAAUUAUUAGUCGAAUGGAUAGCCAGGAAAGGCGGCGCCAAUCGGAUGCAGUAUUUAAAAAAUUGAUAUCUUUGCCAGAAUACCAAUCUAGUCAGAGAAUAUCAAUAUUUUUAAGUACGCCAGAAGAAGUUGAUACAGUAAAUAUUUUAGAAGACAUUUUUAAUAAAAAUAAAGAAGUUUUUGUCCCACGGUAUAAUGGAAAAACAAUGGAAAUGGUGAAACUAUAUUCUAUGGAGGAUUACGAAAAACUGCCACUGACAAAAUGGAAUAUCAAACAACCAACCAUUCAAGAAAUUAGAGAAAGAGCCUUUGAAAAUGGAGGACUAGACCUGAUUAUUUUACCAGGGGUGGCUUUUACUCUAAGCGGCAAAAGAAUUGGUCAUGGAAAAGGAUAUUACGAUAAAUAUCUAGAAUCUGUAGCACUACACGAGAAACGAAUGCCUUAUUUAGUGGCUGUUGCAUUUAAUGAACAAAUUUAUCAAGACAUUCCAACAGGCAAUAAAGAUGUUUUGGUAGAUCUUGUUUUGUCUGAGAAAGAUUGUUAAAUAAUCUACUGUAUAAGGCUUUUUUAUGAUGUACUAAAGAUUUUAACUAUUU